UGUGUAGGAGAAAUAUGUCUGUGUGUUCCUCUAUGAAAUCAUGGCUUUUUAUUGAGGUGAUGGCAUUUAUUUUGAUGUGUUUGUUUGGAAGUUGCUUAGCUGCCGAAUACACGUACAGUGUUCGGAUGUUCCCCAAUAUAAAAGAAGCAUCCCACCCUGGUUGGUUUGGUUCAUCAGUGACGAGCGUUCCUCUCGGAGCCCCUUGUUCAACAUUUAGCUCGAUUUCUUGAAUAAUUUGAGCGAUUUUUGCGUCCGGUUUCUUUUUCUUCAAAUUUUCUCCUUUUUUUUUUCUUCAUUUGUUGGUGAUUUGGGUGGGCUGGGGGGUCGAAGAUGACGGUAGGGGCGGGGAUUCGUGUUAAGGACGGGGAUCUGGUGGUGGUGCGGACGAAGAUCUUGUCGGAUGUGCACCAGAACGUCGUCUUGACGCCCGCCAGCGGGAACGGGGUGAUGAACGCCGCAUUUAUCGGCGUCCGAUCCGAGCGCCGAGGGAGCCGCAAUGUCUUCCCCAUCGGAAAGCUUCUGGACCUCCGGUUCAUGUGUACUUUUCGGUUCAAGAUGUGGUGGAUGACUCAGAGGAUGGGCUCUUGUGGACGAGAUAUCCCUUUCGAGACCCAGUUUUUGAUCGUUGAGGGAGCUGAUGGUUCUCAUUUUGGAGAAGGGAGUGAAGGUGGGGUGGGCCAACCUGCAGUCUAUACAGUCUUCUUGCCGAUCCUCGAGGGAGCCUUCAGAGCUGUGCUCCAAGGAAAUGUGAACGAUGAACUGGAGAUUUGCUUGGAAAGUGGUGAUCCUGCUGUCGAAGUUUAUGAAGGAACCCAUUUAGUUCUUGUGGCGGCUGGGUCAGAUCCAUUUGAGGUCAUCACAUAUGCAAUCAAGACUGUUGAGAAGCACUUGCAAACAUUUUCACAUCUAGAGAGGAAGAAGAUGCCAGAUAUCUUGAAUUGGUUUGGCUGGUGCACAUGGGAUGCAUUUUAUACUAAUGUAACUGCUGAGGGGGUUCAACAAGGAUUGGAAAGCUUAGGAAUGGGUGGAAUUCACCCGAAAUUUGUCAUAAUUGAUGAUGGCUGGCAGUCAGUGGCUAUGGAUCCCACUGGAAUUGCAUCUGAAUCAGAAAAUGCCGCAAACUUUUCAAACAGGCUGACACAUAUCAAGGAAAACCACAAGUUCCAGAAAAAUGGUAGGGAGGGACAUCGUGAUGAAGAUCCAGCAAAUGGCCUUGCGCAUAUUGUUACAGAAGCGAAGGAAAAACAUCAAGUGAAGUAUGUUUAUGUGUGGCAUGCAAUUACCGGAUACUGGGGUGGCAUAAGUCCAGGUGUUUCUGGAAUGGAACAUUAUGAUUCCAAGUUGCAGUAUCCCAUUUCAUCUCCUGGGGUUCAGUCAAAUGAACAUUGUGAUUGUUUGGACAGCAUAACCAAAAACGGCCUUGGCCUUGUUAACCCUGAGAAGGUCUACAAUUUUUACAAUGAGCUCCACUCAUAUCUUGCUUCUGCUGGGAUCGAUGGGGUCAAAGUAGAUGUACAGAACAUUCUUGAGACACUUGGUGCAGGACAUGGUGGAAGGGUAACGCUUGCUAGAAAGUACCACCAGGCCCUAGAUGCUUCAAUUGCUAGAAACUUCCCUGACAAUGGAAUUAUAUCUUGCAUGAGUCACAAUACAGAUAAUUUAUACAGCUCAAAGAGAACUGCUAUUGUUAGAGCCUCUGAUGACUUCUGGCCAAGAGAUCCAGCUUCCCACACCAUCCACAUUGCAUCUGUUGCAUACAAUACUGUUUUUCUUGGAGAAUUUAUGCAGCCUGACUGGGAUAUGUUUCAUAGUCUGCACCCUAUGGCUGAAUACCAUGGAGCAGCACGGGCUGUUGGAGGUUGUGCAAUUUAUGUUAGUGACAAACCUGGGAAUCAUGACUUUGAUCUGUUGAAGAAGCUUGUGCUUCCAGAUGGAUCAAUCUUGAGGGCUAAACUUCCAGGAAGACCCACGAGGGACUGCCUGUUUUCCGACCCUUGUAGGGAUGGCAAGAGUCUCUUAAAGAUAUGGAAUUUAAAUGAUUAUACUGGAGUUAUUGGGGUGUUCAACUGCCAAGGAGCUGGAUGGUGCAGAGUUGGGAAGAAAAACCUGAUCCAUGAUGAACAACCUGGCACCAUAACUGGCAUUGUCCGUUCCAAGGAUGUAGAUUACCUUCCAAGAGUUGCUGAUUGUGGUUGGAAUGGCGAUUCUAUCAUUUAUGCUCAUCAAGGAGGCGAGUUAAUUUAUUUGCCAAGUAAUGCAUCCUUGCCGAUCACAUUGAGAUCUCAUGAGUAUGAAGUCUUCACGGUUGCUCCCGUGAAGCAGCUGUCAAAUGGAGUUUCUUUUGCCCCCAUUGGACUAAUCAAAAUGUUCAACUCUGGUGGAGCCAUCAAGGAGCUCAAUUAUGAGUCCACGAGAAAGGCAAUCAUAGAUUUGAAAGUACGUGGCUGUGGUGUUUUUGGAGCCUAUGUGUCGGUUUCUCCUGUGAAAGUAGCAGUUGAUGCAGAGGCAGUUGACUUCACAUAUGAUGAGAAUCAUGGUCUGCUAACCAUUCAUUUGGGGAUUCCACAACGAGAUUCAUAUAUAUGGGACAUAACCAUCGAGUUUUAAACAGCAAUUGGAAUGCUACUUCAUUUGCAAGACCUGAAUUCUACAACAAUGAAACAUUGCUGCAAGUUCAUAUGAGAUGGCACAAUAAGUAGCUGAAGAAAAGUGAACUUUUUCCUAUUUUCAUUUUAGGAACUGACUCUUCUGCUAAAAAGAAUUGGCCUCUUUGCCUGGGAUGAACCGCUCUAGAAGAUAUUUGAUUAGGUGUGCUUAAUAUGGAGAAGAGAAGAAACAUGAGGGCUGCUAUGCUUGUUAUCAAGGUGGAUUGCUGCUAAAGAAUGGAAUGCUGUGCCCAACAGGAAACUCAUAGACGUCUAUGAUAAAGCCAAUGCAGCAGAAAUCAGAAAUUGGAUUGUGGCUAAUGUUUAUGUCGAACAGUAGGUUGAGGAUUAAGGUUGUAACAUGAAUCUCUGUACAAUGUAGAUCAUGUUGGUCUCCUGAUCUCCAAUAUCUUGUGUCUUAUAAACAUCUACCCGACAUGUUUGUCACCGUGAGAAUGGCCUUAGGAGUUCAGAGUGAAACAAUAACCUGUAAUAUUUUCUGCAGAAGGUAAAGGAAAAUGAGCAGCUUGAUGUUGUUAUUUGGUUUAUGUACUAUGGUAAUGGUAAAAUGUAGCUCCAUUUUCUGGGAUUUUGCCUUGAA